AAACUCACCAUAACUUCCCAGAAUCCGUCCAACCUUUCUUUAUUAUUAUCAGUCAUUCUAAUUGUAUUAUUGUAUUUGUAUGUAUUGUAGUUAUGUUUGUGUUUGCUUAGAAAAUGCUGAAAAAUGUUAAUAAACAGAUUGGAGAAGAAAAAAACAACCUCCCGCAGUCGAAGGUGAUCCUCAGAUAUUUUGUCUUGUUGAUCAUGAGAGAUCAUGAAGCUCUUGAAAAAUGACUGACACUCAAUUAUUUCUUCGCCAAUUGGCUAAUCGAUUAAUCAGUGAACUUUUUCAGCUCUAGCUGCGUUAACUGUUGUUAAAAAGUAGAUUUAAAGAUCGAGGUUCAAGGUCAGGUUUAUUCGCAUGUAGUUCUUGAAAUACACUGACUCCCAGUUUGUUGUAGAAUCAAUUUCAAGAUUCUUCUGAUUACUUUCAAGUCAAAACUCAGUCUGGCUCUGCAGUACAUCUCUGAACUGUUAACCCCUGAUUCUGCACCUAUACCCCUCAGAUCAGAGGAGGCCAGGUGUUGUUAAGAGCCACAGUCAAGGCUUAAAUCAAAGGGGGACCAUGCUUUUAGAGUUCUAGCCCAGAUAAAACUUAAUGUACGUCAGCUAAGAUCAGAUGCAGGCAGAUUGGGAGGGAGGGGGUGAUGGGGGGGAGUUAUAGCUGUAUGUAUAGCCUAUCCUACAUCUGUCUGAUCUCUUGAAUCAACAUCCACGAUUGGUUGGAGACCUGGUUGGAUCAUUAAUGCGGACGGAUGAUCAUAAGUGGAUACGAGGACUCGAGGAAGGAGGGGGGUUAACAUUGACGAGCCUGUGACUGUCAGACUGAAAUAGGUAGUUUUGUUGUGUCCCUGCGCUCGGUGGUAUGUGCGCCUUCAACGACAGCAGCUUGGGCUCAUUUACAGUAAUCAAAGCCUGCUCUUCUUCUGGGAGAUUAACUCAUUCUGUCGUCGCGGCCCCAUCCUCCUGGAAACCAUGACGAUUAAGAAGAUGUGUCGUAAGUACACGCCUGCAUGUGGAGACUGAUUGUGAUGGUUAUCACGCACUGCGUAGGUCAUCGUUACACAUCCGAUGGACCACCGGAGUAUUUACAUUGAGGACCCUCGUGUUUAUCCAGGCGCUGUGGGAGACUUUCUGUUUACCUAGUUCGACUCACUUUAAAGUCGUCCUACCUUCAGCUUCAUGCUUUCUGUCCUUUUAGCUCUCAUCACUAACAUGUGUUUCCAAAAGCUCUGGCAAAGACUCGGCUUCCCUUCAAAGGGGAAUGCCUCCUGGUUUGCAGCCUACCUGGCAGAGUAGUAAUACCUGUGUCAUGUUGCUACGAAAUCCAGGAUUUACUGUAAGCUGCCUGUUCAAACAGUCUGAACCCGCUGACUUGAACCGCUGCAUUUUAUUAGGGAUGCUAAGCCGUAAUAUGAUGUAACAGGCCUGUCUACGACCAGUCCUCCCUCUCUUGGUUUGUUGCUCUCCGAGCAGCAUCUGUUUCUUGUACUUUGCGGAGUGCUUUUCAGGCAAAGACGUUAGAAACUUGGAAGUCAGAUUCAACCCUACGAGGUUGUAAAUAGUCUGUUUUCCUCUGCUAGGGCCGCCCAGUAAGAGCUGGUUCCUAGAGGCCAGCUACGUUUCGUCUUGAGGCAGCUCUGACAUUUCCUGGAGCAGGAAAAUAAUCUGUCUGUUGGGGAAGGAAGGCAGAUUUGCAGAACGGCCUCAGGUCCUUGAGUGUGUCCUUGCAGCUUAUACUCCUCAGGACACAUGCUGUUGCUUCAUUAUUUCAGGGCCUUCCAUCUGACCUGCUCAGGGAACAAAGGUUUAAUAUCCAGCUUUUGCUCGUAGAGAGGAUGACGGGCAGCUUUAUUUUCACCGAAUUAUUCCCUAACGCAUGUAGCAGGAGUUUAAGUUGCUUUACGCAUUUUGGAAAGUUCGUGACCUUUCCUUAUCACCAAGCAAAACAGCCCCGAUCCUGGCUCUAUCACCCAACAGUUUUGAAUUUACACACCAGGUUUUAACCUGAUUUUAUCCACCAAUUGUGGUUGUUGAACCUUAUUAAAUCCUCCAGAAUCUAAACACCUUGGCCAUAGGUGAAUUUCAAGAAACAAUAUUCCCGUUCCCCUCAAUACACCCCCACGUAACUUCAGUGCAUGUGGUCGACUGAUGUUACCAAACAAUGUUCACGCUAAGAAUGACAUAAGGAUUGAAAAGAGGAUUUGUGAAGACUAUAACAGUGGAACCCCCUCCCCCCUCCUCCCUCUCCUCUCCCCUCGGUUCACGGAGGAUUAUAUCUCUGCAAUUGAAACUUGGCAGGGCAUCUCUCCGCCUCCAAAAUCUAACAUUUCAGAUCACACACAUACACUGUGAGUCUGACUUUCUGCCUGGACUGGCGACUGUUUGCGGAGAGACUGGCGAGGGGCAGAGAUAUGGCCGGAGGGAGCAGGAGAUGAGAGAGUGGAGGUGAAAGCAAAACAGCAGACAAACCAGUAGGUAACAUUUCUCAUGCCUCCCCUCCUCCUCCUCCCCCACCGUCAUCUACUGUACUUUUGGUGAAUUUGUGCAACUGUAUCCCCACCGCUGCAGAAAAUGCCAUCCCCUCAGCUGAUGGAUUAUAAUCAUGUCUGAUUGCGAUUGUCUCACCGAGGCAGACUGUUUAUAAAUGUGACAUUCACACUUCUGACGAGGAUUUGGCAUUGCCUACGCUGCUCUCCAGAUGUGUUUAUAUACGAUUAAUGUUUAGAGAUGGCGGCGGUGGGGUCUCUGUUGAGUAGAAGUGUGUAGUGUUAUUGGACAGCAGACACAUUCUUACCCGUUGACUCUUUCUUCAUGUUGAAGGUGAUGACUUUGCCCUGGAGGGAGAUUUGAUUGCUGCAGUAACAAUACUGUGUUGACGCACAGGAGCUAAAAUAGACUCUGGGUGAUAAUUAUUAACAGUUGACGGGUGUUUAUGGCUUUUAGGGUGAGAGUUCAAAAUGAUCAAGAAGUGUUAAAUACACUGUCAUGGAUGUGGACUUCCAUAAUCGCAAGAACAUUGUUUAGUUUUUUCACUUUUCCACAGUUAGUUGCAUUCUCUCUUGUAAUUCACACUACUGGAUUUCAUUCGGAGAAUUUCAUUACCUUUUGAGCUAUGCUAGGGAUGGUUGGUCCACCACUUUCAUCCAGAUUGACGUAACUUAACAACUAUUGGAGUGACGUCCAUAAGGUUUUGUACAAUCAUCAAUGAUCCCCAGAGGAUGAAUCCUACUGACUUUGGUGAUGCCUUGACUUUUUCUGUAGUAUUGUCAGAUCAAAGUUUUUACUUAUCCUAUGAACAUCGACUUUAUGGACUAGCACAAUAUUUUUAAAGCUAUUCAUGAUCCGCAGGGGAUGAAUCCUUGUGACUUUGGUGAUCCCCUGACUUUUCCUGUUGUACCACCAGCAGAUAAAUUUCUUCACCUAUCCUACGAAUAUGUAAAUAUUGACGUGAUAGAUUAGCACAAACAUUCAUGGUCCCCUGACCUUUUCUGUAGUACCACCAACAGACAAAAUUUUCACUUAUCUCGUGAAAUAUGUAAACAUUGACUAGAUGGAUUAGCACAAAAUUUUUUGCACACAUUCAUGGCUCCCAGAUGAUGUAUCCUAAUGAGUUUCAUGAUUCCUUUAACUCCUUUGGCACCAACAUGUGGCUGAUAUUUGUCAUUUUGGGUUAAAUGUCUAGACAACCAGUGGAUGGAUGAAGAUGUUAGCAUGCUAACACACUAAACUAAUAUGGCAAACAUGUUAAACAUUACCUGCUAAACAUCAGCAUGUUAGCAUUGACAUAGAAGCAUUCAGCUCAAAGCACCACUGCGCCUUUAAGUACAGUUUUAUAUCAUUACAGUGUCGGUUGUAUACAUAAAUGAACUCAUUUAUAUACAUUACUGACGGUAAUAAUACAAUGAUACAGAUGAUACAGAUUGUAAAAUUGGGAAAGUUGCCCCCGUUAGCUUCCGUCAGAUGCAGCUGAAAGCAUUCGGCACAGGAAAUAUGGUCAGAAGGGUUGUAAACAUAAACUACAGCCGUCCACAAAUAUGUAAAUCAUACAGAAUUUUAUCACAUACUUCACUGUUAUUAACCUUGUACUCACUGCCCUUCUCUGCUGCGCCCUCUCUGAAUCUCGAUGGACAUUGUAGACUUUCUGCACGUCGAAUGUCAUGCCUCAAUUUACGACCAUUAGCAACUUUCUCUCCCCGUUCCACUUAGAAAUUACGUUUGUUCUGACUGCAGCUUCAGUCUUGUCCUGUCCUGUACUUUUCUCCAGUAUGGAUUUAGCCAUUAAGUAACUGCCCGUCAGACCCGUCAGUCACAGAUGGUCCGACAGCCAGGGGCCACAUCACAUUGCUACUAGCUGUCUCAUUCUUUAACGCACUCAUCAACUAUUAUCUCUUCCUCUAUCAGGAGCUCCAUAUCAUGCUGUAUUUAGAUUCUGGCAGUUUCUGCUUUUUCCAUUUAGAGGAUGAUGCGCAGAUUACAUCUCUUGAGUUGUUUCUUCAUGUCCUGUUUAGCCAUCGCCUGCUGUGUUUGGGUUGCCUGCAGUCAUGCUUCUUUACUUCCCUUAGGAGCCCCAAGCCAAAUACUCAAGGACAUUCCUGCUGUGUGAGUGAGUGGUAGGUGUCCCUGGUCGUACUUAAUCCCCAUUUAAGAGCAGAGCCGGACGGCCAGAAUGGUAACACUGUGGAUCCUCACUAGCUACAGGAGAAGAAUGUUUUGUUAAGAUGGUGUAUAAACAAUCCACAGUCUUCACGUUUGACAGAUCAGUUAGAGAGCCAUGGGUGCAUCAUUAUCCAACCGUGAAUACUGUGCAGACCGGCACGUUCCCUCAGAAAUAAAUCUGUUUCUUCCCACCGUCUCUCUCCACAGACAGGAUGACAAACCAGUCGACAGCCAACCAGUCCAACGCAAACAAGGAGAAGGAGAAAGAGGAAAACCAGCGAGAUGACAACACGGAGGUUGCGUAUAAAGAUGCGGGACACUGCAGCCGCAACACCCACAACCUGCUGCUGGGACUCACUGUCAUGGGUGUUGUUAUGGGAGCAGUGUUUGGGAUGCUGCUGCGGUACAUGAAGGUGACGGACAGCGCCGCACUCACCAUGGUUUCCUUCCCUGGAGAAAUCCUGAUGAGGAUGCUGAAAAUGCUCAUCCUGCCUCUAAUCAUCUCCAGUCUUAUCACAGGUCUGUCUGGUUUAGACGCCCGCUCCAGUGGCAGGAUGGGUAGUAGAGCCAUGGUGUACUACAUGUCCACCACUGUGAUCGCUGCCAUCCUCGGGGUCAUCCUGGUGCUGGGAAUCCACCCGGGGAACCCCAAACUGAGGGGAGGAGCAUCGAGCACGGCCCCGAAGAACCAGGAGGUCAGCAGUCUGGACGCCUUCCUGGACCUGAUCCGAAACCUGUUCCCUGAGAACCUGGUGCAGGCCUGCUUCCAGCAAGUUCAGACGGUGCUGAAAAAGGUGCCAGUCACAGCACCAAACCAAACUGAACCCAUUUUAGUAAACAGGAAGAAACUGGAAUACAAAUGGGGCAUGAACGUGCUCGGCUUGAUCGGCUUCUUCAUCACCUUCGGGAUCUGCAUGGGCAGGAUGGGCGAGCGCGGGAAGAUCAUGUGCGACUUCUUCAACAUCCUCAACGAAAUUAUCAUGACGAUGGUCUCCAUGAUCAUGUGGUAUUCUCCUGUUGGCAUCGCCUCUCUGAUUGCGGGGAAGAUCGCCGCCAUCGGAGACCUGGAGGUGGUGGCCAGGCAGCUCGGCAUGUACAUGGUGACCGUCAUCGUGGGCCUGGUGAUCCACGGCGGCCUGAUCCUACCGGCUAUAUUCUUCGGCAUCACCAGAAAGAGCCCGUUUACUUUCUACUCUGGAAUCUUCCAGGCCUGGAUCACGGCCUUGGGCACUGCCAGCAGCGCAGGGACGUUACCCGUCACCUUCCGCUGCCUGGAGGAAAACCUGAAGAUUGAUAAACGCGUGACUCGCUUCGUGUUGCCUAUAGGCGCCACCAUCAACAUGGACGGCACUGCGCUGUACGAAGCCGUGGCGGCCAUCUUUAUCGCCCAGAUGAACGACAUCACCCUGGACGGCGGGCAGAUUGUUACCGUCAGUAUGACCGCCACUCUGGCCAGCGUUGGAGCCGCCAGUAUUCCCAGUGCCGGACUGGUGACCAUGCUGCUGAUCCUGACGGCUGUUGGUUUGCCCACCCAGGACAUCAGUCUGCUCAUCGCUGUCGACUGGCUGCUUGACAGAAUGCGUACCUCCAUCAAUGUGGUGGGCGACUCAUUCGGUGCUGGGAUCGUGGACCACUUGUCCAAGGCGGAGCUCACCGAGCUCGACGCAGCGGAUAUGCAAAUGCUCCCGCCUGAGGAGGAGCUCGAUUUCAUCCCGCCGCCGCCGAUCCUCACAGAGAUGGACCUGGUCGACCCGCUCAAACCGCCCGAGCUGCCACCUCGCUCCCCUCGCCCGCCCAAACAAAACAACCAUGGUCACGUCCUCUCCCAGUCCCACUCCAUCACUUACUCGCCGUCCCGCUCUAUCCGAUCUCCGUCACCUCGCUCCAUCCGUUCCCCUUCUCCGCGCUCCGUUUGCUCUCAUUCUCCCCGACCUUUCCAUACUCAUUCACCACGCCUCCUCCGCAGGACGGAGCCGGGCUACUGCGCUCUGCCCAGCCACGAUAACCAGAUUCCCACACUGGCUCGCUGCUACAGAGAGAGAGACAGGGAACGGGAGCGACUGAGGCGAGAGAGCGAAACCGAGGAGGAGGAGGAGAGAGAGAGGGUCCUGGGCGAAGUGAGCGACGGCGAGGAGAGCGACGACACUGCGUACGACCGGCGGCACGCCAUCCCUCCGUGCGACCUGCCGUGACCGGAUUUUACCACCACAGAAAAAGAUUUUCUCCCCUCGUCGAUUUGUUUCCGUUGACGCGACAGGUUUCCCCACGUUUUUAUCCAGUGGAGGUCCACAGUGGAUUUCUACCUGGUUACAAAUCUAUUUCUUACAUCUAUUCUGAGUCCACUGAUUUUGAUUGACGGGACUGAUCGAUAAGCUCUUUCCACUCCUGAAAACCAGACCUCAGAUUUUUUGCUCUUUGCUUUGCUGCAACACCGAGCUUUAAAUGAAGAGUUGUUUUCCUUAGUUUACUCAUCUCAUUUCCUUUUUAUAACUCCAUCACUGUGUUGAUUUAUCAUUUUGUAACCAAACUUAAAAUGCUCCCAUAUGACUGAAAUGAGAAUCGUGAGUCUGCUCUUGAUAAAAUAUAAAGUAUGUUGGUGUUUUUACCAGCCUUUUAACGCACAACCACCAGUUAUUAGUCGCUCCUUAGCUCCAACUCCUUCUCUUCUAUUUUGAGUUUCUUGGCAGGAAGUGAAAAAAAUAUUAAUAGUGUUGGGAAAUAUGUUUAUUUUCUUGCUUGCAGAGAUUUAGGAGAGAAAACUGAUGAGACUCUCAUGUCUGUAUGUUAGCUUAGCUUAGCACAAAGACUGGAAACAGGGGGAAGCAGCUGUUUUUGGGCAGCAAAAGAAACUGCAACAAGGUUUUGCAUUAAAACAGUGUUUAGCUCAUUUGUCCAUUCGUCCGUCUUUCACAUUAUCAUUUAGUUGUUUUCUUCGAUCACAAAUUUACUACAUUUUCUGCUUUUUAUUAGUUUUAGGUCUAAUUUUCGUUGUGAAAAACAGGUCUGUGAAUGUUUUUCGUCAUCGUUUUCAAUGUGUGCAG